AUGUAUUAUAACGUCGAUUUCUAUAUUGGUGCGUCGUGUGAAAUUAUAUAUUGCGUCGAUGAAUUGCAAAAACAAGUGGCUGAAGGCAGUCUGAGUAUAACUGGCAGUAAUGAUGUGUUGACCUUGGCUUUGGGUCCCGAGCAUCCAGGGAGAGUAAGAGGGGUAGGUGCUGGGAUUUCCCCUAGGCAAUUCUUCAAUUUACCUAGACCACAAAGGGUAAAGUUUGCUGAUCAAUUGAAGGAAAGUGUAAGAAUUGUCCUUCAAGAAGAGACUAAGAAGAUGGAAGCUAGAAUAGAGGCUGAGAGGGAACAUUUACUAAGUCAGCUUUCCCACCUCAUCCCCAAUUUUGAUCCAAGCAUGCUUAAACCGAAAACUAGCCCCUGUCAAAACCAAGGUCUACAGCAAAGUCCCAUGAAUCCAAUGUCUGAUAAAGCAAGCUGUUCUGGGGCUGAAGUGAGAUCCCUACAUUUAGAGGAUGAUACUGCCAGAAAUGGGGAACAGCAGGAACAAACGGGUAAUGAAGUAGUUGAUUAUUCGAAUGUGGAGGUGCCAUCUUCCUUACAAUCCCUUUGUGGUUAUGUGGAAACUACACUAAAGCCACAGGGGAAGAUCAUGACCUUCAACAUUGAGAAGGAGGUGUUUGGUGCAGAUCGAAGUACCUUCGUCUUGCAUGAAGAUAUUACACAGUUUUCAGGCAUGGAAGAAAUUGGGGCUACUGUGGUUGCAGUAUAUAUGAGGUGCUUAUAUGAUCUUUUGAGAGAAGCAAAUAUGUGCAGCAUGGUUGGCUUUAUCGACCCUGCUCAAGUUAGUGCCAACGCUGGGUCACUAACUGACAGAUCACGAAUUGUAGCCAGUCGACUUCAGAAAACAGAUGGUGAACAGAUUUUCAUGAUGCCUUACAAUCCAGGCCGUCAUUGGGUCUUGCUGAUUGUGAGGGCAAAGAGGGAAACCGUCUAUUUUCUGGAUCCUCUGCCUGGAAAUCGUGUGGUUGAUGAGGAGGGCAAAAACAUUGUGAACAGUGCUUUAAAAAUUUAUAAUUCCCACAUAGGCAGACCAGGCCGUAAAGCACCUAUUUGGAAAACUCUGCCAGGCACACCAAAGCAACCCAGCAGUGUCGAAUGCGGGUAUUAUGUGAUGCGCUUCAUGAGGGACAUCAUCAUGGAUCCUUCCUUGGAGUUUGAGAAGAAGUUUGCCAAGGGAAAAGAUCAAGCGCCAUACCCCCAAGCAGCCAUUGAUGAAGUCAGGAAAGAAUGGGCAGAGUUUGUUUGCCUUCAUAUGGAUUAG